CCUGGGCAAAACUGUCACUGGGAUCUGCUUUAACGUCACUGUGAUACCGGUGGAUAACCAGCCACCACAGGUCAUUACCAGUCCUCUCACAGUAGAUGAGGGAGGACAGUGCAGGCUGGGCCCUGAACACUUACUGCUGUCAGACGUGGACUCUAGCGAAGAAGCCCUGCGGAUGAAGCUUCAGAGGGAGCCACAGCAUGGAGCUCUGCAGCUGGGCAGCCUUCCACUAAAACCAGGGCACACUUUCACUGUGCAAGACCUAAGAAGCCUUCAAAUUAGGUACAAUCACGACAGCUCAGAAACUGUAGAGGACAGCCUUGAAUUCACUGCAACAGAUGGCACCAACUCAGUCACUUUUGUUCUGCAAGUAAAGGUGUUGCCCAUCAAUGAUGAGGUCCCUGUGUUGGCUGCUGGUUUGAAACCAGUUCUCAGCUGUGCAGAGGGACAGGAAAUAGUCAUCACAGCUGAGUAUAUCUACGCCACUGAUGCCGACAGCGACAACAGCAGCCUGGCCUUCCUGAUUGCCCGGCAGCCGUAUCACGGCGUGGUGCUCCGGAACUCUGUAGUGGUUGAUGGCUUCAUCCAGGCAGACAUCACUGCAGGGAUCAUCAGCUACAGACACACAG